UAACUGCCAGUUGCUUUUACAAUUCGAACGUUUCACGAAUUAGACGUGUGUCGGCCUUGCUCUUCAAUAUAUCUUGCUGUUUGUUAUUCGGUUUAUUAUAAAUGCAAAUCAUACAGCCAUUACCGUAGCAGUUAUAGAUCGUACAUUUCUGAAUUCUGGCUGAAAGGUGGCAGUAGAGUGUGUGCAUUCCAUGUUUUGAACGUUUAAUGGCGAUGAAUUUCAAUUGAUGCUGAUGGUUUUGUCAAUGUUUUUAAUGAAAGCACAACAGUGGUACUCUGUUAUUACAACGGAAGUGAUCUUUGUGAUAAGAAAGUGUAGGAACCCACUUUCUUGGAGGGUAUCAUAAUUUGGCUGCUGUUUUUUUUUUUCAAACGAACAAAGAAUCUUAAAUAGGUGGUUAAAACAAGACCGUCGCUGAACUUGUACCAUUCACCAGUAUGGAUGCUGAAGAUCGGGUUGUGGUUACCUUGGUUCUACUUCAACUAGUCACCCUAAUCAAUGGGUCGGUAGCAUCGGAAGAUCCACAGUUGCUAGGAAUUGUUCUCGUACAGGAGCUUAAUGUUGAAGAGGAGAAAGCUGCAGAUGUUAUAUCCGUGGAUCUUCCCAGUCAAGAAACAUCGACAGUUGGUUAUCAAGUAGAACAAGAAUCAUCAACUUUAAGUGUGACUCCAACGACAAGUCUGCGGGAACUGAGCACUGUGACUCCAACAAUGGAUCUGAUCACCAUUAUUUGGUACGUGGCGACGUUGAUAGCUCUGAUAUCCUUCUUUGUGGUGAUGGCAUGUGCGGAUACAAACAGAUGUUUCACACCAAAGCCACCAGAUGUAGAAACGCCUGUACCUCCUACACCAGCACCAUCGUAUCGUCUUUUUGCUCCACCUAGCUAUGAAUCAGUCAUUGAUAAAAGAUCGGACAGCAUCUUUAUCAUUCCGGUCCAUAACAGCAGCAGCAGUCGAGAACAAUUCACCGAAGAUUUGGUUGUUAACCUUUCCAAUGUGAUAGAGCCCGCAGCAACGUCUAGCAGUAAUGCACGAAGUGAAAGUGCAGGCAGCCAUGAUCGCUCACAUCGUUCUGAAAAUCUUGUAUCAGUGACUGUAUGAGGCUUAAAUUAGUGACUUUGAAGCCUCCACUUGUAAGGAAUCCUGAUAUCAAAUUCGGCGAGAAACGAGAUUUCUCUUGCGCUGAAUAAGUUUCUUAUAUCGUCAGUUUGUCUUAGCUACGUGUCUGGAAUAAUGAUGGUAGUGAAAUCCAUUUCUUAUGCAGUAGGUGACUUAUACAGCCGAUAUGAGUCGCAAUUUAUUUGUGCAAUGCGUCAUGAUGAAUCGCGCACAAAUACACUCAAGUUUUUUUUACACGGUUUUUUCCGCGAUUUUUUACACGUUUUUUUACACAUUUUUUUACACGGUUUUUUAC